AUUCGUGACGCUAUUACAAUGGCAGAAACGAAAGCUUUUGGGAACACGUUUGCUUGUGAUCUCACAAAAGAGCUCACUUGUCCGUUUUGUAACGACAUAUACACUCGGCCAAAAACGUUAAAAUGUCAUCAUAGUUUUUGYUCAAAGUGCCUUGUAAACUGGAGCGAAGAAUGCACAAGACAGCGAUCGACUUUAGCAUGCCCAGUAUGCGCGAUCCCGAUCGAAWCCUACCAACAAGAUAUGUCCGAUAUUCCGCCUUUAUUCGGCUUUGAGCCUCUYCUGAAACUUUUUCAAGCUUUGAAACUGAAACCAASCAAGCAGGACCAAAGGUUGACUCCAAAAUGUGUUGGUUGCUCCAAGCGAUUGACGUUGGUUUCAUUCUGUGUUCAAUGUAAAGGGAUGAUAUGUAAAGAGUGCCUCUCCGCACACAAAACUCUAAAGAAAGUCCUAGAAGACCACCAUCCUACACUAUUAGACGAUUUCAAUCAAGAWCAUCUGAACACYUAUAUGAGUAGCCARGUUCACUGUAAGGAGAAGCAACACGAKAAGAGYAAACUCGAAUUCUACUGCCAAGUUUGYAACAAAAGCAUCUGCCAAAUAUGCGCCGACACUGACCAUARCWCCCACGAGAAGGCAAGCRUCGAGGAAGCAGCAUUGGCUAUCAAGAAAAACAUUAAACGCGACAUGAAUCGUGCCAAGCCACUUGUAGAAAACUACRUACAAGACAAGACRACUUCUAAUGACAAUGUUACUAGGCUUGAGGAAGAAAUWCUAKCAGCUAAGAARAAGGUCCAUGAUUUUAUUAACGCGCAGGUCAAGGCGCUGCAGGAUCACGAAAUGACGAUGAUGAUCAUUCUCGACGAGAUGUUGCAAAAAGAGAUCGCGAAUAAUGAAUAUGAACAGAAUGAAAUUAAUAUCCACAUCAAACAGGUCGCUGAAUAUCGUCAUCAAUGCCAAGAAAUAGAAGGGUCAGCGGUCUGUCUCAAGGUCUUAGACACUUAUCCAUACCUUAGAGAUACGUGUAAGAUGUUGUCUGAAAAAGCCAUCCUMUCCAACAAAGCUGUUAAAAAGAGUGUAUCCCUGCAUUAUGUGCCCAACCUUCAGACCACUGAAUGUAUGAAAAAUCCAGGAAAUAUCCAGGAAUGCGCGACAGAUCARUCACGAUGUACCAUAGAAUCAUUACAAGAUGUAAGGUGCGGGUAUCUCAAUUCCUUUGAUAUCGUGACACGAAAUUCGGAAUUAAAAGUGUGUGACACGGCAGAAGGGUUACUCGAGGUCCAAAUCCAAGAUUCCGACGACCAAAACGUCGAAAAAGAAGUUAAAUUAUCUCGAAAAGGAACAUUCACUGUGACUUACAGGGCGCUGAACCCUCGCCGUACAGGAUCUUCGUGUCCAUCGGAGGAAAAGAUCGAUGUCAAAGCAAAGUUUAAACCUGUUCGAAUGUUUGGAAAAGACGUACCAAUGAAGCUCCAUAAUCCUUGCUCCAUUGCCUUAAGCAAAGAUGGUGAAGUUGCCGUUGCAGACACUGGGAACGAUCGUAUUGUGUUGUUUAGUUCUGARUGGAAGUUUUUAAGAGAGUUUGGCGGAGAGGAAGACGAUGUWGGCUUGAGCAGGCCGUGGGGUGUGGUCUUUCAUGAAGACCGAAUCAUAGUUAGUGACAAUCCUGGUGAUGACGGACGAAUUCAAGAAUUUGACAUCAAAGGUACAUACCUMAAGACGAUCUACCGAAAAAAAGGAGCUGAAAUGCUUGGAAUGUGUACCACAGAACAACAUAUUGCAUGCUUGGAAGACGGCGAGGUCAAAAGACAAAUAAAACUAUUCGACAAACGAACAGGACAUCUCGUACAAGAUAUCGACGUGGACGGCAUUAAAGGCAACCCCCCUACUUUCCUCGCUUACAAUGACGGGAAAUAUUACGUGCCCUUUGUGGAUGACAACCUCAUUCGAGUUUUUGACAAGAAUGGAAACAUUUUGCACAAUUUUGGCAAGAAUGGUAAACAUAAUGGGCAGCUCGACUGCGUKGCUGGACUMGUGUCGUUUAACAAGAACAUGAUUAUUGUCUGUGAUGCAGGUAACGAUCGCAUUCAAGCUUUUUCUAUAGAAGGUCAUUUCAUUACAUCGUUUGGGAGUCGUGGUUCUGAYCUUGGUAAAAUGCUUGGUCCAAUCCAUAUAGCGGUAACACCGUAUGGAAGGGUGUUGGUACUGGAAUGCAAUGGUAGUCGUAUACAAGUGUGGAGAUAAUGGCAGGAUUUGAAAGGAUAGAUGUUGGGAACAGAGAUAGAGCGAAUUUCGUAUGACUGUGCAAAAAAAAACGGUACGUUCGUGCUGUGUCCGUACCGUGCCGUAGC